AUGACCUGCGUUUGCCAAUUUUGCAACGCCCGCAAAUGGGCCGGGGAUCCUGUCGGUCUGUACUGCUCCUCCGGCAAAGUUCGACUGCCACUUCUGCAUGAAUCACCUACCCCGUUGAGGGGACUAAUCGCCGGCUCCAAUCCCGACUCUGACCACUUCCUUAAAACAAUUAGGCAAUACAACUCCUUUCAAAUGACCUCAUUUGGGGCUCAGGUGGUUCGUGAAGAGGGUUGGAUGCCCACAUUCAAAGAACAGGGGCAGGUAUACCACCGCACCGGGUCUCUGCUACCUGAGGAGACCUCUAUGUCUAAAUUCCUUCAACUGUACUUUAUUGCAGACUACAACCUACAGGCCGAAACCUGGAUUGGUAUUUUGCCGCUGUCGGGAAGAUUUCCUUGUAGGGACGUCAUACUACUACUACAGGCCACGAGGUUAACAGCUACAGCUCCCUUUCCUUCCUUCAGCAUUGUAAAUGACGCCGACAAACGGCCUCAUGAUGAACACAAACGCCGCUACAAUGCUCCUGCGUGGAAAGAAGUGGCCGCUAUGGGGAGCAAGACCGCACUCGCAAUAUUGUCCUCAGAUCAAGAGGCGGCACUCUUCGCAGGAUUUCAGCGACCCGUCGAUCAUAUGACGCAUUGCAGUACCCUUUACUUUUCCCUUACGGUGAUACUCCGGGUGGCCAACCUACAACGUCUUCCAAAGCCUUAUCGUGCAAUGCCUUCUACUCAUACCGUUUCAUGA